AUGGUAACUCUGAGGCCUGGAGCUGACAAGAUGGGCUUAGAGAACCUCCUGCCUCCUCAACAGAUCUGGCUCAUUUUAAUAGGAUUUUCUCUGCUGUCUUUGGCAGAGACAUACGGAUUCAAGAAAUGUACACAAUAUGAAUUGGACAUUCACCAUGUUUUCUGCAUUCGGAAAAAGAUCACCAACUUGACAGAUGCCAUCUCUGACAUCCCUGGAUACACUACUCACCUCAACAUGACACAAAACCAAAUUGAGGUCCUUCCUCCCUAUUCCUUCACUAAUUUGUCUGCUCUGAUGGACUUGCGACUGGAGUGGAAUUCUAUAUGGAAGAUUGAGGAGAGGGCCUUUUGGGGACUUGAAAACCUGACCCUUCUGAAUUUAGUAGAAAAUAAGAUUCGAAGUGUGAACAACUCCUUUGAGGGCUUGCCCAACCUGGAAACUUUGCUCCUGAGCCAUAAUCAAAUUACCAAUAUUCACAAGAAUGCCUUUGCUACUCUUUUAAAAUUAAAACACUUAAGUUUAUCUAGAAAUUUUAUUACUAAUAUUUCCAAUAUUCUUGAAGCAGUUCAGCAUCUUCCUCACCUAGAAUACCUUGAUCUCACUAACAAUAGCAUCAUCUAUCUGGACCACAGUCCCAGGUUAUUGGCUUCACUGACCCAGCUGAGUCUGCAGGGGAACAAGCUAAUGGAAUUAAAUUUCUCUUCUUUGUCACUGCCUAAUCUGACCACUCUGGAUGUCUCUCGGAAUAGCCGUGGAGUCAUCCAGAAUGUUGCUCUGGAAACUUUACCCCAGCUAAGGAGCUUGAAUCUAAGUGGAACAUUGGUAAAACUGGAGAUGCUUCCGACCAAACACCUGCAGAAUCUACGGGAAAUGGAUCUUAGUGCCCAGGAGUUUAGAGGUGGUCAUUUAAACUUGAACAGUGUGUGUCACCUUCUCAGACACUUGCCCAGAUUACAGGUUUUGAUUUUUAGAAAACAGGCCACUAAUGCAGGGGACAUAAAACACCUUGCCAACUGUACCAGGCUUUUGUUCCUUGACCUGAGCCAAAAUAAUAAUUUGGUUCACCUCAAUGACAGUGAGUUCAAUGCUAUGCCCAGCCUUCAAAGGCUGAAUCUAAAUAAGUGCCAACUUUCCUUUGUCAGCAACUCCACCUGGAGUGUCCUCCAGAACUUGACAGCUCUAUAUCUGUCAAACAACAAGUUUGAAAGAUUUCAAGAUUUUGCAUUUUCACCUUUGAGAUACCUACAAUCUCUUUUCCUCUCUAGAAAUCCCAUCACAGAUCUCAAUGCUAUGGCCUUCUAUGGGCUGUAUUCAUUGAAGGAGCUCAACUUGGCUGGGUGCUGGAUAGUGAAAAUUGACAAAUAUACCUUUGCUCAAUUUCCAAAUUUGGAGAGUUUAGACCUUGGUGACAACAAUAUUAGGACUCUAAAACGCAGAACUUUUCAGUUUCUGAAGAAACUCCAAGUUCUGAUUCUCUCCCGGAACCGCCUGAAUAUUAUAGAGAAGUAUGCAUUUUCUGGCCUCAAUUAUAUCUGUAAACUUGACCUGGCAUACAACAUCUUGUCAAGUUUUAGGACAGGUAUUUUCUUGGGCCUUGAAAAUCUAGAAGUUUUGAAUCUCAGUUUUAAUAAAAUUACAUAUGAAACCACUAGGACCCUGGUAUCUCCUCCAUUUAUGAACCUCAAGUCUUUGAAACAACUCAACCUAGAAGGACAAAUGCAUGGGAUUCAGGUUGUUCCAACCAACUUCUUCCAAGGACUGGAUGGCUUGCAGGAGCUACUACUAGGCAAAAAUUCCAUGGUAUUCUUGGACCAUCUCCAAUUUGACUCCCUUACUAAUCUCACAAAGUUGGAUAUCUCAGGAACAAAAUCUGGAGACCGAAGUCUCUAUUUAAAUAUUUCCUUAUUCCAAAAACUCAAAAGACUAAAAAUGCUGCGUCUGGAAAACAACAACAUUGAGUCGCUGACUCCUGGCAUGUUCUCUGGCUUAGAAAGCCUUCAGAUAUUCUCUUUAAGAUUCAACAACCUAAAAGUCAUUAAUCAAAGUCUUGUGAAGAACCUGAAGUCGCUGAUGUUCUUUGAUAUCUAUGGGAAUAAAAUUCAGUGCAUCUGUGACAAUUUGUGGUUCAAGAACUGGUCAAUAAACACAGAAAAUGUCCAUAUCCCUUACCUCCAGAGCUAUCACUGUGAGCCAAAUACCGAGAAUUUGUUGAUAGAUUUUGAUGAUGCUAUGUGUAAUUUUGAUUUAGGAAAGGUUUACUUCCUCUGCUCCUUCACUCUCGUCCUCACAACCAUGGUUGUCUCUUGGUUCAGUGCCAAGAUAACAUCAUCUCUAAGGUAUGGGCUCUACAUAUUUCAAGCCUGGUUCCUGGCCAAGUGGCGUAGGACAGAGAAGGAAUUCAUCUAUGAUGCCUUUGUCUCUUUCACUGCCACUGAUGAACAAUGGGUAUAUGAAGAGCUUGUUCCAGCCCUAGAAGGUGGGCAGCCCACCUUUAAGCUCUGUCUUCACCACCGGGACUUUGAACCAGGUAUAGAUAUCUUUGAGAACAUACAGAAUGCCAUCAACACCAGCCGAAAAACUUUGUGUGUGGUAAGUAACCACUACCUGCGCAGUGAAUGGUGCUGCCUUGAAGUACAGUUGGCCAGCAUCAAGAUGUUCUAUGAGCAUGAGGAUGUUAUUAUCUUGAUCUUCCUGGAAGAGAUCCCAAACUAUAAGUUAUCCACCUACCACCGACUGAGGAAACUUGUGAACAGGAAGACAUUUAUCACUUGGCCAGACAGUGUACAUGAGAGGCCACUCUUCUGGGCUCGUAUUAGAAAUGCAUUGGGCAACAAAUCUGUGGAGAAAGACAAUGCACAGCUAAUUGUGACUGAAUGA